AUGGAUAGAUGGAAGGGGGGUAUAUGGUCGCCCUGCCCAGCGCCAGCUGUGACAAUAGCAUAUUACGAGUCCCGCAAGCACUGCAGCUACCAGAAAUGCUUGCUUUCCGGCAAAAGAGGCUACAUGUGGACGAAUUUCGAUUACGAAAUCAUCCAGAAUAGGAACGAGUGAUCUAUGGCUCAGUGCCACCGACUGUGUGGGACUUUCAAUAGGGGAGAUUAAGCAUGUGAGAGUUGAGCUAGUGGACAGCAAGGGGAAGGAGGACGAGGACUUUUGGUAUGGGCGCAACGGUUCGGACAGCUAUAGUGAAGCUAGGGAAGCACUGCUGAGGUUUCCCAAGUUGGAAAGUGUUGAUUUUCUGGUGCCGCAAUUCUACGAAUAUGCAAGAUUAAUGGAGGAUUGGUGGGGUAGGCGGCAUUACCCUAGAGUCGUGGACAUGAGUACGGGAGAGUGGGUUGAUCAAGAGGCGGUCGGGCCGUAUCGAUAUUGUAUUGAUUCAGCGUGCGCGCGUUCAUGGGGAUACGAUACCGAUGAUGCGGAUGAAGAGGAAAGUAAUUGGCAACUUGGAUGGGAUGAGGACAGAAUCGAGGAUAUGAAAGAGCUUCAGAUGCCGAGGCCUCGAAUCAAUUUGGAUUAUCAAUAG